UCCGCCGAGAAGGCGACGCAGCGCUGCCCAAGAUGGUGGCGGCGGGGCUGUGCCUGUGUGGGCUCCUCAGAUUGCUGUGCUCAUUGUUACUCCCUGCAUUAUUUCUAAGUGGAAUUUUGUGCAUCUGCUUGGUGGUACUGCUGUGGGGAGUGCGACUGUGGUUACAAAGGAAGAAACAGUUGAGCUCAGCAGGAGGAGAUGGGAAGCGGCCACUGCUGGUGGCCUUUUUUCACCCGUAUUGCAACGCAGGAGGUGGAGGGGAGAGAGUCUUGUGGUGUGCCAUAAGAACACUACAGAAGAAGUACAGGAAUGUAACGUGUGUUGUUUACACUGGUGAUAGAGAUGCCACUGGAGAAGAAAUAAUUGAAGGCGCUUUCAGAAGAUUCAAUAUUAAGUUAAUUCAUCCUGUGAAGUUUGUAUUUCUAAAAAAACGUUUCCUUGUGGAAGCUUCUCUUUAUCCUCACUUCACUUUGCUGGGACAAAGUUUAGGAUCGGUGUUCCUUGGCUGGGAAGCUCUUCUAAAGUGCGUUCCUGAUGUUUAUAUUGACUCAAUGGGUUAUGCCUUCACAAUUCCCCUCUUCAAAUACCUAGGAGGUUGUCGUGUUGGAUGCUACGUCCAUUACCCCACUAUCAGCACUGAUAUGCUCUCUGUCGUGAGGAAUCAGGAUACCAGGUUUAACAAUGCUGCCUUCAUUACAAGCAGCCCUCUCUUCAGCAAAUUUAAACUUGUCUACUACUACUUCUUUGCUUUCAUGUACGGCUUGGUUGGUUCCUGCAGUGAUGUGGUAAUGGUGAAUUCUUCUUGGACACUGAAUCACAUCCUUUCCCUCUGGAGAGCUGGGGCAUGCACCAGUGUUGUGUAUCCACCAUGCGAUGUUCAGACUUUCCUGGAUAUUCCACUGGAAGUGGAAAAGAGUACCAGUGAAUAUUCCAUUGUUUCUGUCAGCCAGUUCAGGCCUGAAAAAGAUCAUCCUUUGCAAAUCAGAGCCUUUGCUAAAUUGCUGAAAGAGAAAAGAGUGGGGCAGCAGCCAUCACUGAAGCUGAUUUUAAUUGGUGGCUGUCGUAACCAGCAAGAUGAAGAGCGUGUAAAUAAGCUGAAAUGUCUGUGUGAAGAGCUGGGAGUUGGUGAUGAUGUGCUGUUCAGGAUUAACAUUCCUUUUGAGGAGCUGAAGAGACACCUGGCCAAGGCCACCAUUGGCCUGCACACCAUGUGGAAUGAGCACUUUGGGAUUGGCGUAGUUGAAUGUAUGGCAGCUGGCACAGUUAUCCUGGCUCACAAUUCUGGUGGCCCCAAACUGGACAUCGUGGUACCCCAUGAAGGACAUGUUACUGGCUUCCUAGCAGAAGAUGAGGACAGUUAUGCAGAGACAAUGGCUUUUAUCUUUUCUUUGCCUCCUGAGAAAAGACUGCAGAUCAGAGAAAACGCUCGUCGCUCUGUGCACAGAUUUUCUGACCAGCAUUUUGAAGACACAUUCCUGUUAUCUGUGGAGCCGUUAUUUAAAUAAGUGUAUAUAAGUAAAAAUGAACAUGAGUAAAAUUAACUUUUUAUAUUUGACUGUGUGGCACGUGUAAAUAUAUCUAAGCUAUGAUCCCUUGGUUCCAUUAAAUAAAAAGGUUUUUUCUUUCU